CUCUAUAAACAAUUCGAACAUCCACAUCUGGAGAGAACUCAGCUGAAGGAAAAGAAGAUUUCUCCUCAUCGUAAUAAUGGAAGCUAAAUCAGCGAGUUCAUAUUUUCCUUUUCUUAGAUCUUGCAAAGAGGAAACAGAUUUACCUAUUGAAGGCGAAGCGAAAGGUGAAAUUCCAAGAUGGCUGAAAGGAUCACUGAUAAGGAUAGGUUCUGGACUUCUAGAAGUGGGACCCGAUCACUUCAAUCAUAUAUUUGAUGGCCUGGCUCUGAUGCACAAAUUCAGUUUUCAAGACGGUAAGGUAACUUAUCAAAAUAAGUUUUUGAGAAGUGACACCUAUCGACAAAAUAUGAAGGCCAAUAGAAUCGUCGUGAAUGAAUUCUCCACUCCUGCUAUUCCAGAUCCAUGCAAGACUAUUUUUCAAAGGUUUUCAAGUUUAUUUACAGAUGAAAUGACGGACAAUGAUCUGGUGAACAUUGUUAUGUUCUCCGAAGAAGCGUAUGCUUGUUCAGAAACCAACUGUAUUUGGAAAAUUGAUCCUGUGACGUUAGAUAGUAUCAAAAAGGUUAAACUCAGUGAUUUUGUUCCAGUAAAUGCUGCAAUAGCUCAUCCUCAUGAAGAAAAAGACGGAACUGUGUAUAAUGUUGGUAGCACACAUAGUUUUUGGCCUGUAUAUAAAAUUUUGAAAUUCCCUCCAAAAGGAAAUAAAGACGAAAGUCCGUUUCAGAAGGGAUCCGUUAUAUGUAGUAUUCCAACCUCAAGACGAUUUAAUGCUAGUUAUAUUCACAGCUUUGGAAUGACAGAAAACUAUAUUAUUUUUGUAGAACAACCCCUUUAUGUCUAUAUUCCAAAAAUUGUGAAAGUACAUUUUUUCGGUGGAGGCCGAUAUUCUGAUGCACUACAUUGGGAUGAAUCUAAACAGGCUCUUUUUCACGUUGUUCGUAAAUCUGACGGCAAACUAUUGAAGACUCAGUAUGCAGCAAAAGCUUUUUAUAUGUUUCAUCACAUCAAUGCCUAUGAAGAGGAUGGUCAUUUAAUUGUAGACUUGUGCACAUAUGAAAGUGGCGAAAUUAUUCAGGCUCUAUACGUGAAAGCUCUAGAAGAGAUGUUUGAAAAUUUACAGAACGAUAGUGUCAAUAAUUUUAAAACUCGUACAGCACGAUACGUCUUACCUUUAGACGUAGAUGAUACCGAAAAGGAUAAAAAUUUAAUAAAAUUGUGCAAUUCAAAAGCUACAGCUGUUGUACAAAAGGAUGGCUCAAUUUUUUGUACACCUGAGAUUCUAGCAGAAACAUGGUUUCCUGAACUACCAAGAAUAAACUAUCAGAAUUUCAACGGCAAGAAAUACAACUUUUUCUAUGCCAUAGCACAGAGGGACAAAUUAAGAAGAUGUUUGAUCAAAGUAGACACAGCAAAUAACAGCGUGAAACAUUGGAACGAAAAUGGAACUGUACCCUCAGAACCUAUAUUCAUACCUAAUCCAAACUCUUCAGCUGAUGAGGAAGAUUCAGGAGUCGUACUGGCAUCGUUAUUAUAUACUGAUGAUAAAAACAAGGUAUCUUUGCUAGUAUUGAAUGCUAAAACAAUGGAAGAAAUUGGGAGAGUUACUUUUAUUACAAAAUCAUCAGUACCUGCAGAUUUCCAUGGAACAUUCAUUCCUAGCUAAAGAAUCAAAUGAAAAUUUUAACAAAGCUUCAAUUAGUGUUUGUAAUUUUGUACUAUUUUUUAUAAAUCUGUAAUUAUCUGUACUAUCUGGCCAACUGAAUUUUUAUUUUUUUGAAGAAAGAGGAAAAUAAAUUGCAUAAAUGAAA